AUGGCCUCCACCCGUGUGCUCGCCUCGAGACUGGCCGCUCAGAUGGCCACCAAGGCUGCUCGCCCGGCCGCCCGUGUGUCGCUUGCCAACGCCAGCAAGCGCACUAUGACUGUCGCUUCCAAGGCCUCUCCUCUCCAGGCCGUCAAGCGCCAGCAGGCCUCCGCCAUCGUCAGCGCCACCACCCGCCAGGCCUUCGCCGUCCAGCGCCGUGCCUACUCCUCUGAGAUCGCCCAGGCCAUGGUUGAGGUCUCCAAGAACAUUGGUAUGGGCUCUGCUGCUAUCGGUCUGACUGGUGCCGGUAUCGGUAUUGGUCUCGUCUUCGCCGCCCUCCUCAACGGCGUUGCCCGCAACCCCGCCCUCCGUGGCCAGCUCUUCUCGUACGCCAUUCUUGGUUUCGCCUUCGUCGAAGCCAUUGGUCUGUUCGACCUGAUGGUUGCCCUCAUGGCUAAGUUCGCUAAUGAGACGGGCGGAGGUGUGCAUGGGAGGAUGGCGUGGAAUCUCAGCAUAGACGGGGCCAUAUAG